AUGGACGCUACAGAGUUCCGAAGGAGAGGGAAGGAGAUGGUAGACCUGAUAGCAGAUUACCUGGAGAACAUAGAGCAGAGGACGGUGUACCCCGACGUGGAGCCUGGGUACCUGCGGCCCCUCAUCCCUGAGGAGGCCCCUGAGGAGCCUGACAACUACGAGGACGUGGUCAAAGACAUUGAGAGGGUCAUCAUGCCUGGGGUGACCCACUGGCACAGCCCGUACUUCUAUGCCUACUUCGCCGCGGCGAACUCCUUCCCGGCCAUCCUGGCAGACAUGCUGUCUGGAGCUAUUGGUUGCAUCGGAUUCUCCUGGGCUGUCUCUAACAGCCCUGCCAGCCCGGCGUGUACAGAGCUGGAGACAGUCAUGAUGGACUGGCUGGGGAAGAUGCUCAAGCUGCCAGAAGACUUCAUCGCCGGGACACACGGACAAGGAGGAGGCGUCAUCCAGGGUACGGCCUGUGAGGCAACUCUUGUGGCUCUCCUAGCUGCCCGCUGCAGGGUGAUCAGAAUGAUCCUGGCCAGUGACCCACAACGUCCAGAGACUGACAUUAUCUCCAAACUGGUGGCCUACUCCUCCGACCAGGCUCAUUGCUCGGUGGAACGAGCAGGUAUGAUUGCCGGAGUGAGGAUGAAGAAGAUUCCGACGGAGCAGUCAGACAAGUAUGCUGUCCAGGGAGAGACCCUCCGGAGAAUGAUACAGGAAGACAAGGCUGCAGGACUCAUCCCCUUCUACUUCUGUGCUACUCUUGGGUCCACUCCCUCAUGUGCAUUUGAUCACAUUACUGAACUUGGGCCCAUAUGUAAUGCAGAGAAAAUCUGGAUGCACAUUGAUGCUGCAUAUGCUGGGAGUUCCUUUAUCUGUCCUGAAUUCAGACCCCUGUUGAACGGCAUUGAGUUUGCAGACUCUUUCAAUUUCAAUGCACACAAAUGGCUGUUGGUCAACUUUGACUGCUCUACAAUGUGGGUGAAGAAAAGAUCUGAUCUCAUUGGGGCCUUCAAGAUGGAUCCUCUAUACCUGAAACAUGAUCAUCAAGAGUCGGGACUGAUCACAGAUUACAGGCACUGGCAGAUCCCACUAAGCCGAAGGUUCCGCUCUCUCAAGAUGUGGUUUGUGUUCCGAAUGUAUGGGCUCAAAGGCCUUCAGGACUACAUCCGUAAGCAUGUGGAGUUGGCCAAAGAGUUUGAGAGCCUGGUUCGCGCUGACCAGCGCUUUGAGAUCAGCGCAGACGUCGUGUUAGGGCUUGUCUGCUUUAGACUAAAGGGUUCCAACGAGGUGAAUGAGACCUUGCUGAAGAGGAUCAACAAGAGCAGGAAGAUCCACCUGGUGCCGUGCCUGCUGUCUGGUCAGUUUGUGCUGCGCUUCGCCCUCUGCGCCCGCAACACCGAGUCACGUCACAUCCGCAAGGCCUGGCAACUCAUCACACAGCUGGCCGAAGAGGUCAUGCAGGAGCUGCCCCACUGACCAUCCACAUGGACUAGACAGGCUGGGUUGGUCCAGGAGCUGUAUGUAUCAAGCAGUAUUUCAGAGUUAGAGUGCAUGUCUAGGAUCAGGUCCCCCCUGUCCAUUCAUUAUAAUCUAAAAGGCUAAACUGAUCUUAGAUCAGCACUCCUACUCUGAGAUGCUUGAUGAAUAAGGGUCCUAACCCCACCUGACCAUGGCCGGUAUUCAAAAAGCGUCUCAGAGUAGGAGUUUCCAUGUUAUCUUAUUCCUUAUGAAGUAAAAGGCUAAACUGAUCCUAGUUCAGCACGGUUUGAUGCCUACUCUGAGAUGCUACAGGCCUGGAUCUCACUCAGUGGAGGCUCCUGGGGGGAGGACGGCUCAUAAUAAUGUCUGAAAUGGAGGGACUGGAAUGGCAUCAAACCAUGCGUUUGACGUAUUUGAUACCAUUCCACUGACUCCGAUACCAGUCAUUACCACGAGCCCAUCCUCCCCAAUUGAGGUGGCACCAACCUGUGGUUGGUUGUAUGUGAAUCAAUUAAUUUGUGUGGGUGAGCGUGACUAAAUUAAAGGGGCUUUUUGGGUGAAGCAAAUCAUAUCCAGAUGUUAAGGUUUUGCCUGAUAAGUUACUGUAGUGUAGGGUUUACUGACAAUACACAAGCAUGUGUUCUAUGUAAAAUGACUGACUGAGUUCUGCUGUGGAGCCCCAGAGUUCUGCUCUGACUCUACAUCAGUGUGCUAAAUGAGAGAG